CAGACGCUGGCCAUGCGCGUCCUGUACUUGGACCCGAUCGCGUUCCCGCCGGCCGCGCUCGACGAUGCGACAACCCUGCAGCUACGGCGCUACCUCCUCGGGUCGUCCUUGCUGACGAUUAGUGGCUGCUUCUUUGUUGAGGCCUUCACGCUGGCGACCGAGCAAGAGCGCCUCGAGCUCGCAGCCUGUGCCGAUCGCUGGGUCUUCUUCGAUCCAAGUGGCGACACCGUGAAGGUCUCGGCGGUGCCCGGCGACAGCGUCUUUGUCAACGGAACAUAUCUGCGUGACGGCGAGGAGCGUAGCUUGGUCAAUGGCAGUCGCAUCACGCUCGCUCUCACCGCUUCUCUAGAGAUUUCGCAUGUCCUUGCCGAUGCUAUGCUCGGAAUGCUGAUGCGACGUGGUAGGUACGACUUCUUCGAGAGUCCUCGCGCCGUCACCUCGCCGGUCGAGAGCACGAGAUCGAACCCCGAGACGGCCCUGGAUACCGAGACUGCAGACGUCAAUGUGCAAGCAGCAGAAGAGCCACCGGUUCCUGACGUGCCGACGCCCGGAACGGAGCGACUACAAGUGGCGACACCUGCACCGAUCGAGGUCGCGACGCCAACGCUCGCAGUCCCACAAGAACAUACGGCGCCUGCUCCGACACAAGUCGUGUCGCUGGCCAAGCACCCGUCGUUGCCCACGACGUCGACGGCUUCGGCAUUCCAGAACACGCGCUUCCCGGACCCUGCGCCAUUGUCUGCGCCAGACGAGUUGCCAGACCUCUUUGACGGUGGCGACAGCAAUGACGACAACGACCAUGAUGACGACCAACAAGAAGCGCAGCUCGCGCCGGUGGCGGACGAUCCACCCCGAUCCCACCGCAUGCCUGGACUGUUCCGGCCAGUGACUGCAAGCGAGCCAUUUCUAUGGGUCCCACAGACGUUCUCGGUACCCAAGCAGCGCCCAGACGCACCACGCCAUAACCGAAAGGUAGCAUCGCGGACCCGAUCAGCCUUGGACCUCCCGACGUCACCGCCACGACGUUCCAAGGCUCCGCGGUCAACGUCGUCGCGCGGGACCCGAUCGACGUCCGCCGUGGACGGUUUGACGUCACCACAACGAACGCUGACGGUGGCAUCGCGGACCCGAUUCGCCUCAGGCUUGGACCCUCCGACGACGCCACCAGCGCGCACGCGCCAGCAUUUGGCUCGCCGCGCGUCGACGCCCGUGCCACAGUCGCCGCCGAUCCCGUUCCUGUGCACGGAGAAGCGCUGCCACACCAUCGCGACGGUUCAAGACGCCGAGCGCAAGUGGAAGUGCAACGCGCAUGGCCCUACGCCAACCCCUACCCCUACGCCAACCCCCUUCACCGUCCUCGACUCGGUGUUUGUCUAAAUACUAAUAUUAUAAUACCUAUUGAUCGCAUAGGACGUCGAGC